UCGGGGAGCUCGCUAUUAGCGCUAUUCAGCGCUACUGUAUCAUUCUAUCUUUGUUAUAUCUAAGGUACAAUAAAGAUAGAAGAACGCGGUAGCGUUAAUAACGUGUUCCUCGAACGCAUCAGGUUUACGCUAGGUUUCGCCUAACACCUCGGAAAAUUACUUAUAUUUUAUCGCGUUAUAUUUCAGUUUCUCCGUGAAGUGUAUAUAUUAUCGUGAUCUUCUCAGUCGUAAAAUGUACAGCAAACUCUGUGAUACUGGUGAUACAUUGAGAAAAUCGAGAAAUUAAAUGUGUUUGUACAGACUGGUAUCUUAGCUGUCAAACUACCGUGAUAGCCGAAAAAUGUAGCAUUAUUUCAGGAAUUAUUUUACGAUGUUACAUGAUAUAUCAGCUAGAUAUCUGAGUUUUCUAUACUUUUUACAAGUUUCAGGAUUAGGAAAAUAUUUGGUUCUUCAAGGAAAAGUAAAAAAUAAAACAACAAAUUGCAAAGGAUUUUUGGUUCUUUUUUCUUCUGGUAGUUUGACACUUGAAUAAGCAAAAUGAGCUACGGUUACCAAGGACCACCUGUUCAAUUUCCGGGACGAGCACGACCACCAACAUCGUUUGAAGCCCCACCUGGUACACCCUCUGCCCCUGGUGCUCUGUCUUACCCCUCAAUGGGCUUCUCCAAUGCACCACCAACAUUCUUUGGCAGGCCACAACCAUGUGGUCAACCUGCUCCUUAUCCAACUCAGCCUAUGCAUCCUACUCCAAGCAACGCACCAAUGCACACUUAUUCUCCCCAACAAAUGCCAUAUCCAACCAUGCCUCAAUCCAUGCCUACACCAUACUAUCCAGCCAAUCCCGGCCAACCGCCGACGCAGUCACCUUACCCGCAACAGAGUUACAAUAUGUAUCCUAAUCUACAACAAACACCGGAAACUAGAGAAUGCUUUAAUGACAAGGCUUCUUCCCCUUACCUGCAUGAACCAAACGCACACGUGACCGCACACGCGAGUUCAAUUCCAUACCAAGGCGGAAAUUACCCUGGGGGGCAGGGGGUACUCUCAGGCUAUCAUAAAUAUCUUUAUGGAGCUAAUCUACCUACUGCUGCUCCACAUAGUGCCACCCCGGCCCCCCGGUUUGCGCCUAAGAUCUCUCCCACUGUCGUGCCCUACGAUGAUUUCGAUGCCAGAGCGGAUGCGGAAACGUUAAGGAAAGCUAUGAAGGGAUUUGGCACUGAUGAAAAGAGUAUCAUUCACGUUCUGGCUAAUCGCAGCAAUCUACAGCGUCAGGAAAUCGCGACGCAGUUCAAGACUCUCUAUGGAAAGGAUCUUAUAAAGGACUUGAAGUCUGAAUUAUCUGGGAACUUUGAGAAACUCAUUCUUGCUCUGAUGAUGCCGGUACCUCAAUAUUAUGCCAAAGAACUCCAUGACGCGAUGUCCGGCAUUGGUACCGACGAAACGGUACUUAUUGAAGUGUUAUGCACAAUGUCGAACCAUGAAAUAUCCAUCAUUAAGCAAGCAUACGAAGCGAUGUACGGAAGAACGUUGGAGGACGAUUUGAUUUCCGAUACAUCCGGCAACUUCAAACGCUUGAUGGUAUCACUGUGCUGUGCUAACAGAGAUGAAUCGUUCGACGUGGACCACUCUGCCGCGAUGGAAGACGCUAGACAAAUUUUGCAAGCUGGGGAACUUCGCUUCGGUACGGAUGAGUCCAUCUUCAACGCGAUUCUCGUCCAAAGAAACAUGCCGCAAUUGAGACAGAUAUUCAUGGAGUAUCAGAACAUAACAGGCCACGAUAUCGAGGAUGCGAUUGAAAGUGAAUUUUCUGGCGAUAUUAAGAAGGGCUUACUCGCCAUCGUGAAGUGUGUCAAGAAUAGAGCCGAUUUCUUCGCGGAGCAAUUGUACAAGAGCAUGAAGGGUCUCGGCACGAACGACAAUCGUCUCAUUCGCCUGGUUGUGACGCGCUGCGACGUAGAUAUGGGUGAAAUAAAGAAUGUGUUUUUCCAGCAGUAUGGAGAAUCACUGGAAAGUUUCAUUUCUGGUGACUGCUCAGGACACUACAAAAAAUGCUUAUUGGCACUAAUCUCCUAAAGUAUUCUCUAA